AUGCAUCGCAUUCCGCGCUCCCUUUCCCCGCGGGGCCGGCCUUCCGGCAGCUCCACGGACCGGAGCUCCGCGGCGCCGCUCCUGGCGCUCAGCGGCGAGCUGAGCCCGGAAGCGCAGGAGACCCCGGGACGCGAUCGUACCCCCGGCCAAUCUCCGCAUUUUCGGUUCGCGGACCGGGCAAGACCGAGGGGCCGCUCCAGCAUCAAUUUGGGAAGUCCCAGGCUGGACCUGGAAGGCUUGGAGGCGACGUCCCAGCACGCGGCCACCCUCCAGAACUUGGCGCCGCGACUGCUGGCGCUCUGCUCUCGGCAGCUUCGGGCCUCGAAGCUGAGCGCGGUGGAGCAGGAGGAGGCUGUGGGCGCAUUCAUGGCGAUGCUUAGGAAGUCCAGAGAGCCCGCGGUCUCCUGCGGAGUGCUCUUCUCGGCAACUCCGGUGCUGCGGGAGGAGCUGUCCCCAGGGGAGGCCUUCGGCCGGCUGUCCACCUUUGAGCCCAAGGAGCUGAUGAGUGACUUGGAGACCCGCACGAGUCUCCGCCUCUGCGGGCUGCCACAGGACUUCAACGGGCAAAUGCUGAAGGACUGCCUAGAUGCCAUGGGCCUAAGUGGCUUCUUCGACUUCGUCUACGUUCCGAUUUAUCUGCCGGCCGGAAACCACAUCAGUUUCGCCUAUGGCUUCGUGAAUUGCGUUUCUCCGGCGGCAGGGCAGCAGCUGGUCAGCGCGCUCGCUUGCAACGAUGAAGUCCGUUUCAACGUGCAAUGGUCUACGACCCAGGGCCUGGACAGCUUCAUUCACAAGUACAGGAAUUGCAGCAUCAUGCACAAGUCCAUUCCCAAGGAGUGCAAACCCAUCUUGCUUCAAAAUGGCGUGGAGGUCUCCUUUCCGAAGCCCACCAAGAAGCUGGAGAAGCCCCGCCACCGGACCACCAUGAUCCCGCCAUGUCGCUUCGUCAUGGAGCGCCUGUCCAGACCGCCUCCUGUGGGCGUGCCAUGGCCUUGA